CUGAUAGGAGUUUGAAAUGGCCGCGGCGCAGAAGCGAAGUCAACAAACAAAACUGACUUCAAUCUCCUGUCUUCAGGAGUAAGUAGAUAGCUGGCAUAUAUUCAAUGUCCAAAUUAUACUAUUUUAUUAAGUAAACUGAUCGGAUUAUCAUUCUCGGCUUUAAUGUGCUUUCUUUUAGCUAGUUAGCUAAGCUAACGUCGCCAACCAACUAAACAAAAUACAUUGAGUUGGCGAGCUAGCUAGUUCCUGUUUCAUUACAAUUAUCCACUUGUAAAUAAAGCUAACGUUAACUUUUUGCAGGGGAAGAUGUGCAAUUUUAAUAGCUAUUUCUACGGAUAACGUUGGAAACAUUUAAUUGACGAAGGAUUUGUAUUUUUUUUUUAACCAUAUUUUAAAUCUCUACAGUGCCAUGUCUUUAUACUCGAUACCAAAGAAAAAGCACACCGCUUUUUAUGAUAAUGUCUUGACACCAAGGGACCCUGACGCGAAAACCCGAAAAGCUUCAAAGAUCAGCGUUGAAGUUCCGCGAAAAAAUGUAAAAAGUGACGAUACGAGAUCAUUGGAUAAAACCAAGGAGCUAAACACGACCUGUGUUAUCUCUGGCCUGUCAAAAAGCAGAGGCCAGAAGAAUGACACUCCGGUUCUUGGCCGACUCGCCCUUCAGAGGAGCAAAACGGGUGCUAACGGCGACAAAACGAGAAGUGAAAACACUAUGGAUAUGACUCCGAAUAGCACACCUGCAUCUGAGAAAACACUGUCGUUGCAACGCAGAACCAGAACAGGUUCAAUUGACAAAAGCGCAGGUAAUGACAUGGGCAAAGCAGAGGGCUCUAGACAACGCUGGGUCAGCGGUACCGACUCUAAUCAGUCUAAAGGUCUCUCUGAAUCAAACCCCCGAACGACAGGAAAUGCAGGUGUAUUACGGUCAUUUAGUCUUAGGGACACCUCAUCUAAAAGUCAAUCGAGAGAAGCUGUUAACCUUUUAAACACCCCAACUAAAGGAGUCGAAAGGUUUCCGUCUAGAUUUACGCCAAAACAACCAGCAACCCCGGGUAAAGUAGACGUGACAAAACCAGAGGACCAGACCAAAACUUUUUCAACACCCACGAGAAAGACUCCUUUCGAGAAAAUCACGGCAAAGAAGGAUGCCUUUGAGAGGUUGGCUGGGAAAAAGGGCCAAAAAGUGGGGGCUGUAAAAACGACAAGCCUAGAGAGGCUAAAGAAGCACGCACAGGUGACCGUGGAGGCUGCAAAACCCGGUGCAAUUCACCGUUCCAAGAAGUUUCCGCUCAGUAGUCAAGGAGCGAACGUGGCCUCGACGUUUCCGCCAGCUCAGGUGAGAAAGAACUCGAUCCAUAGCGAUGUAAACGUGGCGAGGUCCUCUACCCCUGUACCAACAUCCUAUGUCUCCACCGAGCCUUUGGUCCGAUCCAAACCGGAUACCCUGAAGAUGGAGAACAGUGCUGUGACAGUUGCGGUCCGGGUGAGGCCAUUCAACACCAGGGAGAAGACAGAGAAAGCAUCACAGGUGAUCUUCAUGGAUAACCAGGAGACUGUUGUUCAACAUCCAGACACCAAGCAGAGGCAUGCCUUCACAUAUGACUUCUCCUUCUGCUCCGUGGAUAAAAGCGACCCUGGCUUUGCCAGCCAGCAGACGGUGUAUGAAAAACUGGCCAAGCCUCUUCUGGAGAGGGCCUUUGAGGGGUUCAACACCUGCCUGUUUGCUUACGGUCAAACUGGGUCGGGGAAGUCCUACACGUCACAUGUCAUCUGGGGAUGAGCUACUUCGAGGUGUACAAUGAGAAAAUCCAUGACUUGCUCGUCGUCAGGGAUGAACAAAACCACAAGAGGUUGCCUCUGAGGGUGAGGGAACAUCCAGUCGACGGGCCUUAUGUUGCUGAGCUGUCCACGAACGUGGUGAGCUCCUAUGAAGACAUUCAGGGUUGGCUGGAGCUUGGGAACAAGCAGCGAGCCACUGCAGCCACAGGCAUGAACGACAAGAGCUCCCGAUCCCACUCUGUCUUCACCCUGGUUAUGACCCAGACCAAGACUGAGUUUGUGGAGGGGGAAGAACACGACCACAGGAUCACCAGCAGGAUCAACCUGGUGGACUUGGCCGGCAGCGAGCGCUGCUCCUCAGCCCAGACCAGCGGUGACCGCCUCAUGGAAGGUGCUAGCAUCAACAAGUCCCUGCUGAGCCUGGGGAAGGUGAUCUCUGCCCUGUCAGAGCAGGCCCAGACUAGGAGGAAGGUCUUUACCCCCUACAGGGAGGCUGUGCUUACAUGGCUGUUGAAGGAGAGCCUGGGCGGAAACUCCAAGACAGCCAUGAUCGCCACCCUGAGUCCGGCGGGCAGCAACGUGGAGGAGAGCCUGAGCACGCUGCGGUAUGCCAAGCAGGCCCGCAUGAUCAUCAACGUGGCCAAGGUCAACGAGGACACCAACGCUAAGCUCAUCAGAGAGCUGAAAGCUGAGGUAGAGAAGUUACGGGCAGCUCAGAUGAGCUCUCAGGGCAUCGAGCCAGAGAAGAUGCACCUCUUCCAGCAGGAGAUCUUGGCUCUGAAGAGCCAGCUAACGCAGCAGGAGAGAGAGAUGGCCGAGGCCCACAGAGCGUGGCGAGAGAAGCUGGAACAGGCAGAGAAACACAAACGUGAGGAAACCGAAGAAUUACAGAAAGCGGGCGUCACAUUUACGGUGGACAACCGACUGCCCAACUUGGUGAACCUGAACGAGGACCCACAGCUGUCGGAGAUGCUGUUAUACAUGAUUAAGGAGGGACAGACCGAGGUCGGCCAGCACAAGUCCGAGUCCCCCCACGACAUCCAGCUGUCUGGGGCCCUUAUCGCCGACCGCCACUGUGUCAUUUCCAACGUAAACGGUGAAGUCAGCAUCACCCCCGUGGAAAACGCCAAGACCUUUGUCAACGGGAACCUGGUCUCUGACAUCACUGUCCUGUGUCAUGGCGACAGGGUGAUCCUGGGCGGAGACCACUACUUCCGCUUCAACCACCCGGCAGAGGUGCAGUCUGGGAAACGCGUGUCGUGCUGGACGGGAGCGGGCGAUGGCCAGAAGGACUUUGAGUUUGCCAAAAACGAGCUGCUCUCCGCUCAAAGAGCACAACUGGAAGAGGAGAUCGAGGAGGCGCGUCUGAAGGCCAAAGAGGAGAUGAUGCAGGGUAUCCUGGGGGCUAAAGAGAUGGCCCAGGAGGAGCUGUCGGACCAGAAGGCUUGUUAUGAGAACAGGAUCAAAGCCCUGGAGAGAGAACUGGAGGAGGAGAGCGAGAGGAAGCGGCAUUGGGAGAUGGACCAGCAGAAGGUAGCCUCCAAGAUGGAGGAGCUGCAGUCGGCCAAGGUGGAGCUGGAGCAGGAGGUGGACACGCACAAGACACGUCUCCGCCUCCAUAUGGAAGCCCAGGCCACACGGCGGGCCAUGGACGACCACGGCGUCCGGCAGGCCAAGGUGGUGGAGGCCCUUGAGGCAGAGAAGAGGAAGAUCGGCAAAGACCUCGAGGAGAUGCAGAGGAAACUGGCGCUGAAAGGAAGCCGGACUCCGAAAAACGUCCCUCCUCGGUGGGAUGCCAUGAAGUUGUCUCUGAUGAUCGAGGAGGCCAACAAGAUCAGUGACAAACUCAAGAAGAACACAGUUUUCAGCAGACACGAGGGGUCUGAGAAGAAGUGCGGAGAGGGAGAGCUGCAGGUCCAGGUCAAAAACACCAAACUGGGCAUCUCCACCUUCUGGAGCCUGGAGAAGUUCCAGAGCAACCUGGCUGCUAUCAGGGAACUCGACCAGGGGGACCGCAGCGCCUCUAAAGAUGACGACCUGUUUUACGACCCCAAUGAUGAGUGGGAGCAAGAUAUGUCUGCCUCCUCAACCGCCGCCUCCUUUUCACGCAGAAGGAGCAGAAGCCUGUUGAAGAGCAGGAGGAUUUCAGGGCGUCUCUAUGAAAUCAGAGUGCACCCUAUUCAGAGCCUUCAUAAUAGCAACUUGCCACAGUCCUCUGGUCUGUUGGGUGUGGCCAAACCACCCUCUCUGCACCCAAGCUCGUCAGACUCCGUCCUGCCGGGGAUCUGCAAAGAUCUCAUUGGUCAGACGGUAGGGCAGCUGCGCGAGUGUCAUAGCCACGAGGAGAGCAUGGCAGACAGGCUGACCUCUGACCUCUGCUGUGUGCACACGGCCGUGACGACCAUCUCCGACCUGUAUGACGGCCUGGACGAUGACAGUCAGGAGAACAUGUUUGUGUUUGAGGCUGAAGCACAGAGUCAGCUGGUGAAGGCCACCUCAGCCAUCCAGAGAGCCGUGUUCAUCACCAUGCAGUGGGUGACCAGUGUCGAUCCCAGAACCGCAACGCUCUACAUUAACGCAGAGGAGCUCAAGACCCAAGUCAAGAGAAUGGGAGGCUACUUUCAGCUUCUCAUCCAGGGCUGUGACUCUGAGAUCUCGUCCAUGGUGAACGAGGCCCACAGGAAGAGUGGUCAGUGUCUGGACUCGGCCCUGCAGGUCAUCAGCCACCUGGCGGCGUUGACCGGGACCCAGCUCCACGUGACCGAGCUGUGGGCCGAGGCCACGGGCAAGCGGUCUGUGGUCCUGUCUCUGUUGGAGGGGACCUGUAAAGGGGUGCACUCUCUCCUGGAGGAGGGCCUGACGAUCUCCAAGGAGAUGCUAAGCGAUGCUCAGCUGACCUACCCCAGGACUCCGGUUUUGCAGAGCCUCAAGUCGAAGACGCUCGACCUGUCCUGCGCUCUCCAGAGUUACAUCCACUGCCACAUGACGGAGAGGGAUGAAGGCUCGGAGAGGAGCGGUGAGGACCUUGAUCCGUCACACCUGCACAGAGUGAAGAACACAGCAGCCAAACUGUUCCAGCUCAACCAGGCCAUCAGGCAGCUCCACUCUGCUCUCUCUCUCGUCCUCCGAGGUACUCACACAGUCUGGCCAUCGGGCAGCUCCACUCUGCUCUCUCUCUCGUCCUCCGAGGUACUCACACAGUCUGGCCAUCGGGCAGCUCCACUCUGCUCUCUCUCUCUCCCUCCGAGGUACUCACACAGUCUGGCCAUCGGGCAGCUCCACUCUGCUCUCUCUCUCGCCCUCCGAGGUACUCACACAGUCUGGCCAUCGGGCAGCUCCACUCUGCUCUCUCUCGCCCUCCGAGGUACUCACACAGUCUGGCCAUCGGGCAGCUCCACUCUGCUCUCUCUCUCUCCCUCCGAGGUACUCACACAGUCUGGCCAUCGGGCAGCUCCACUCUGCUCUCUCUCUCGCCCUCCGAGGUACUCACACAGUCUGACCAUCGGGCAGCUCCACUCUGCUCUCUCUCUCUCCCUCCGAGGUACUCACACAGUCUGGCCAUCGGGCAGCUCCACUCUGCUCUCUCUCUCGUCCUCCGAGGUACUCACACAGUCUGGCCAUCGGGCAGCUCCACUCUGCUCUCUCUCUCUCCCUCCGAGGUACUCACACAGUCUGGCCAUCGGGCAGCUCCACUCUGCUCUCUCUCUCUCCCUCCGAGGUACUCACACAGUCUGGCCAUCGGGCAGCUCCACUCUGCUCUCUCUCUCGCCCUCCGAGGUACUCACACAGUCUGACCAUCGGGCAGCUCCACUCUGCUCUCUCUCUCUCCCUCCGAGGUACUCACACAGUCUGGCCAUCGGGCAGCUCCACUCUGCUCUCUCUCUCGUCCUCCGAGGUACUCACACAGUCUGGCCAUCGGGCAGCUCCACUCUGCUCUCUCUCUCUCCCUCCGAGGUACUCACACAGUCUGGCCAUCGGGCAGCUCCACUCUGCUCUCUCUCUCUCCCUCCGAGGUACUCACACAGUCUGGCCAUCGGGCAGCUCCACUCUGCUCUCUCUCUCGUCCUCCGAGGUACUCACACAGUCUGGCCAUCGGGCAGCUCCACUCUGCUCUCUCUCUCUCCCUCCGAGGUACUCACACAGUCUGGCCAUCGGGCAGCUCCACUCUGCUCUCUCUCUCGUCCUCCGAGGUACUCACACAGUCUGGCCAUCGGGCAGCUCCACUCUGCUCUCUCUCUCUCCCUCCGAGGUACUCACACAGUCUGGCCAUCGGGCAGCUCCACUCUGCUCUCUCUCUCGCCCUCCGAGGUACUCACACAGUCUGGCCAUCGGGCAGCUCCACUCUGCUCUCUCUCUCUCCCUCCGAGGUACUCACACAGUCUGGCCAUCGGGCAGCUCCACUCUGCUCUCUCUCUCGCCCUCCGAGGUACUCACACAGUCUGGCCAUCGGGCAGCUCCACUCUGCUCUCUCUCUCGCCCUCCGAGGUACUCACACAGUCUGGCCAUCGGGCAGCUCCACUCUGCUCUCUCUCUCGCCCUCCGAGGUACUCACACAGUCUGGCCAUCGGGCAGCUCCACUCUGCUCUCUCUCUCGCCCUCCGAGGUACUCACACAGUCUGGCCAUCGGGCAGCUCCACUCUGCUCUCUCUCUCGCCCUCCGAGGUACUCACACAGUCUGGCCAUCGGGCAGCUCCACUCUGCUCUCUCUCUCCCUCCGAGGUACUCACACAGUCUGGCCAUCGGGCAGCUCCACUCUGCUCUCUCUCUCUCCUCCGAGGUACUCACACAGUCUGGCCAUCGGGCAGCUCCACUCUGCUCUCUCUCUCGCCCUCCGAGGUACUCACACAGUCUGGCCAUCGGGCAGCUCCACUCUGCUCUCUCUCUCGCCCUCCGAGGUACUCACACAGUCUGGCCAUCGGGCAGCUCCACUCUGCUCUCUCUCUCGCCCUCCGAGGUACUCACACAGUCUGGCCAUCGGGCAGCUCCACUCUGCUCUCUCUCUCGCCCUCCGAGGUACUCACACAGUCUGGCCAUCGGGCAGCUCCACUCUGCUCUCUCUCUCGCCCUCCGAGGUACUCACACAGUCUGGCCAUCGGGCAGCUCCACUCUGCUCUCUCUCUCGCCCUCCGAGGUACUCACACAGUCUGGCCAUCGGGCAGCUCCACUCUGCUCUCUCUCUCGCCCUCCGAGGUACUCACACAGUCUGGCCAUCGGGCAGCUCCACUCUGCUCUCUCUCUCGCCCUCCGAGGUACUCACACAGUCUGGCCAUCGGGCAGCUCCACUCUGCUCUCUCUCUCGCCCUCCGAGGUACUCACACAGUCUGGCCAUCGGGCAGCUCCACUCUGCUCUCUCUCUCGCCCUCCGAGGUACUCACACAGUCUGGCCAUCGGGCAGCUCCACUCUGCUCUCUCUCUCGCCCUCCGAGGUACUCACACAGUCUGGCCAUCGGGCAGCUCCACUCUGCUCUCUCUCUCGCCCUCCGAGGUACUCACACAGUCUGGCCAUCGGGCAGCUCCACUCUGCUCUCUCUCUCGCCCUCCGAGGUACUCACACAGUCUGGCCAUCGGGCAGCUCCACUCUGCUCUCUCUCUCGCCCUCCGAGGUACUCACACAGUCUGGCCAUCGGGCAGCUCCACUCUGCUCUCUCUCUCGCCCUCCGAGGUACUCACACAGUCUGGCCAUCGGGCAGCUCCACUCUGCUCUCUCUCUCGCCCUCCGAGGUACUCACACAGUCUGGCCAUCGGGCAGCUCCACUCUGCUCUCUCUCUCGCCCUCCGAGGUACUCACACAGUCUGGCCAUCGGGCAGCUCCACUCUGCUCUCUCUCUCGCCCUCCGAGGUACUCACACAGUCUGGCCAUCGGGCAGCUCCACUCUGCUCUCUCUCUCGCCCUCCGAGGUACUCACACAGUCUGGCCAUCGGGCAGCUCCACUCUGCUCUCUCUCUCGCCCUCCGAGGUACUCACACAGUCUGGCCAUCGGGCAGCUCCACUCUGCUCUCUCUCUCGCCCUCCGAGGUACUCACACAGUCUGGCCAUCGGGCAGCUCCACUCUGCUCUCUCUCUCGCCCUCCGAGGUACUCACACAGUCUGGCCAUCGGGCAGCUCCACUCUGCUCUCUCUCUCGCCCUCCGAGGUACUCACACAGUCUGGCCAUCGGGCAGCUCCACUCUGCUCUCUCUCUCGCCCUCCGAGGUACUCACACAGUCUGGCCAUCGGGCAGCUCCACUCUGCUCUCUCUCUCUCUGGUACUGAUCAGAGUAUGUGAACCAGUUGAGCUGUUGGAAAUCUCACUCCAGUCAUUUCCAAACCGCUCCUCGCUCAAAAGGAAGAAAAAAAACUUCCGCUCCAAAUUUGCUCCAUUCAUUAAAAUCACAAUUUAACCAACACCCAUCUAUUUUUGUGACUACUUGAACCUACCAUUUAGUUUUGAAGUGUUGAAACCGAACCAUAUGGAGUUUAAUGAAAAUUAUUUCAAUAAACAAGAAAAGGUGAAAUGUAAGAAGCGCACAUUAUUUCAUAUAGGAUACAUGUCAUUAAACAGCCUUUUAACACUCUAAAUAGGCUACAUGUCAUAUUAAACAGCCUUUUAACACUCUAAAUAGGCUACAUGUCAUUAAACAGCCU